AUGGUAAUCAAUGUUUACACCAAAGAAGACACGCAACGAAUUCUUUCUGACAAAAUUGCAAAGCUAACAGUUAAUGUAGAAGAAGGAGAGUGCAACGGCGAGGCAGCUCCAGUUGCUGACAGUGAAACUUGUAGGACUCCGACUUCUAAAGAGCAUCGGAUUCCUGAACCCUUGACAUGCCCACCAGCCCCAAGGAAACGUAAGGGUUCCUUCGCUGCCGAGAAAAAUGAGCCCAAGAAGAUUGUGGACGAUAAAGAGAUUGAGACCAUAUUUUCCCCUGAUCAGGUUUUCUCGGAGACAUCUUGCGGGCAGUGA